AUAUAGAAAAUUAGCUAAUUUGAUUUAAAUGCUUAAGACCUGGUGAUGUUUUAAGGGACGCGAGAGACAACAGGAACUAUCGCAACAAAGCAGAGAAAUAAAAAUGACGUCAUUACUUCAUUCCGGUGUGUGGUUGAUCGGAGGUUUAGGAAUAGCUUUUGCAGUUUAUGGCGAAAUGUUUCAUGAGUGUGUCAAGUACAAGGAUGAAGUGCCUGAAGUCACCGGUGCCUUGAAAGUUUGUGUUAAAGGAUGGGAGGGCGAAACGUACUGCAAAUUCUACAACGAUAACUGUCCUGAAAUCCAGGAAUGCAUCAACAAUGUUGCGCCUAUUCCAAGGAAUAAUCACUGCAUGGUCUGUCCUGAAACCGGUUGCAUCUACCACGGGAAUGAUAUCCCCUCUGGCGAAAUGUUCGAUUCUGUCGACGGAAUAAAUAAAUGCCAAUGUUUUAGAAAUGGAAAAUACAAGUGUGAGACCAAGGAACUGGGACAACCGAUUAGUUUCUGUACGUAAUGAUCAGAAUGCAUAUAUUUGUUACGAAUUAAAGGGAUUAGUGAUG